AUGGUGAUAGCUUGCUAUACUCACCUGCCGUUUUCAGUCGUGACAACUCAAGGUAGAACAGUGAGCUCAGCCAACACCCCCUCAUCUACGCCGACACCUGAAGAGCUCGGCUUUGAUCCAGAUGCGUUACGUGAAAAAUAUCGCAUAGAACGCGACAAACGCCUGCGGCCAGAUGGCAACAAUCAAUACACCGACGUUGUUGGCGACUUUACCCACUACGUGGACGACCCCUACGUUGAUACACCCAUCGAGCGCGAACCGCUGACCGACGAGAUGGACGUCAUCAUCAUCGGCGGUGGCUUUGGCGGCCUGAUUACCGGUGCACGCCUGCGAGAGGCAGGCAUUAAAAACAUCCGCAUCAUCGAAAAAGGCGGCGAUUUUGGCGGCACCUGGUACUGGAAUCGUUACCCUGGCGCCGCUUGUGACGUCGAGUCGUAUAUCUAUCUACCGCUGUGUGAAGAACUCAAUUUUGUACCCAAAGAAAAGUACACCCACGCCCCGGAAAUAUUGCAGCACAGCCACAAUAUCGGCAAAAAAUACCGCCUCUAUGAUGACGCCUGUUUCCAGACCGAAGUCACUGCCCUGAACUGGGAUGAGUCCAGCGCCCGCUGGAUCGUACAUACCAACCGUGGUGAUGCCAUGCAGGCCCGCUUUGUCGCCAUGUCUAACGGUCCACUUAACCGACCUAAGCUGCCAGGCAUAGCCGGUAUCAGCGAAUACCAGGGGCACACAUUUCACACCAGCCGCUGGGACUACAAUUACACGGGUGGCGGUCCAGAAGGUAACCUCGACAAACUGGCAGACAAACGCGUAGGCAUCAUCGGCACCGGCGCCACCGCGGUGCAAUGUGUCCCGCACUUAGGUGCAGCGGCCAGAGAAUUGUUCGUUUUCCAGCGUACGCCCUCGUCUAUCGACGUACGCGACAAUCGACCUACAGACCCUGAAUGGGCAGCAAGCCUGAAGCCGGGCUGGCAGCAGGAACGUAUGGAAAACUUCAACACCCUGACUUCAGGCGGCAUUGUUGAAGAAGACCUGAUUCAGGAUGGAUGGACCGAGAUUAUCCGCAACCUGAUAUCCAUGGCCAACUACCGCGGCAAAGACAUUCCCCGCGAUGAGAUCCCCAAACUCAUGGAGUUGGCAGAUUUCAAGAAGAUGGAGCAGGUGCGCGCCCGCGCUGAAGCCAUCGUGCAGGAUCCGGACACUGCUGAAGCGCUUAAACCUUUUUACCGUCAGUUCUGCAAACGGCCUUGUUUCCACGACGAAUACUUACCCACUUUCAAUCGGGAGAACGUUCACCUCAUUGACACCGACGGCAAAGGGGUUGAACGCCUCACCGCAACCGGAGUGAUCGCCAAUGGGAAGGAAUACAAGGUUGAUUGCGUGAUCUUCGCCACUGGCUUUGAAGUCGGCACCGACUAUACGCGUCGCGCGGGAUACGACGUGACGGGCAGAGAUGGCCUGACCCUCAGUGAAAAAUGGCGUGACGGCAUGCGCACCUUACAUGGCCUGCACAGCCGCGGAUUUCCAAAUCUGUUUAUCAUCAGUAAUGGUCAGGGUGCAUUUACCACAAACUUCCCCCACGCCAUGAACGAGUCCGCUAAACACAUCAGCUAUAUUGUCGAUCAAUGUCUGACCGGAAACAUCAGUUGCAUCGAACCCAGCCAGGCGGCUGAAGAUGCCUGGGUUGAGGAAAUCAUAUCGCUGGCAAGAUUCAGUGAAUCGUUCCAGGCGUCCUGCACACCCGGCUACUACAACAACGAAGGACGGCUCCAUGCCCGGACUGGAGCUGAGUUGAACGUUGUGGACCACCGUUGUCGUUUGAACGCCGCAUUCACGCGAUACUCACUACAGCGAUACAUCACGACAACAAUAGGGCUGGCUGUCGCCUUCAUGCCCAUCUGGGGCAUGGCCGCAGCGCCCGGCGGCCCGCCACCCCCAACCGCCGUCAUUGUCGAGAACGUGGCCACCCAAACCAUCGCAGACACGCUCGAAGCACUGGGUACAUUGCGGGCCAACGAAACCGUCGAAAUUACUGCAAAAGUGGCAGACACCAUCUCUGCCAUUCGCUUUUCUGACGGUGAAGCAGUCUCCGCCGGCGAUGUACUGGUUGAACAGACUGAUGCAGAAGAGGCUGCAUUGCUGGAGGAAGCCGAAUCCCUGGCAGAAGAAGCCAAACGCCAGUUCGAGCGCAUCGAAAGCCUGGUUGCAAAAGGUAGCGCUUCAGAAUCGCUGCUGGAUGAGCGUCGGCAAACCUGGCGCACGGCAAGCGCGCGAGAAAGUGCAGUUCGCUCGCGCCUGAAAGAUCGCCUGAUCACCGCCCCAUUCAGUGGGCAUGUGGGUUUGCGCCUCGUCAGUCCUGGCGCCCUGGUUUCACCCGGCGAUGUGAUCACUACGCUGGUCGAUGACUCCAGCAUGAAACUCGACUUCACCAUUCCGGCAAUUUAUAUGGACACUGUGCGUGUCGGCACGGUCAUUGAUGCCACCACACCUGUUUACCCUCAGCGACGGUUCAACGGCAAAGUCAGCUCCGUCGACAGCACCGUUGAUCCGGUGACACGCUCAAUCACCAUCAGAGCCGUGCUGCCUAAUGAGGACCAUGCUCUGGUACCCGGCAUGUUGAUGACACUUGAACUGCGUCGCAAUCCGCGCAGUGCCAUUGUUAUAUCCGAGGAGACCAUCAUCCCUCGUGCUGGCGAAACUCACGUGCUGGUUGUUGACGAGACCGUCAGUCCGCCGGUUGCCCAGCAGCGCAGCGUGGUCUUAGGACGUCGAUUGGCGGGCAAAGUGGAAGUGCGUAGCGGUCUGCAGCGGAUGAUCAUUUCCGAUAUCUCCGUUCGCCGGCCGGUUUUUGCUGCCGUCAUUUCGCUGAUCCUUAUUGCUUUUGGCCUGAUCGCCUUCGAUCGCCUGCCCCUUCGCGAGUAUCCGGACAUUGAUCCACCUAUUGUCGGUAUCGAGACGGUUUAUCGCGGCGCUGCUGCAUCGGUUGUAGAAAGCCGAAUCACUGAGCAGAUUGAAGAACGCAUUGCCGGCGUUGAAGGCAUUGAGUUUAUCGAGUCCUCCAGCCAGGACGGCCGCAGCAACAUUACCGUCCAGUUCAGCGUCGGGCGCAAUGUCGAUGACGCAGCCAACGACAUUCGAGACCGCGUAUCCAGCGCCCUGGGUAGCCUGCCCGUAGAGGCAGAACCACCUGAAGUGCGCAAAGUAGACUCUAACCAAUCGGUAAUCAUGUGGAUCAACCUCGUCAGUGAUCGCCUCACCGUACCCGAACUCACAGAUUUUGCUGAACGUAACCUGGUCGACAGAUUUUCCGUUCUGGACGGCGUGGCCCGCGUGUUUGUCGGUGGCGCACAGCGCUACGCAAUGCGUAUCUGGCUUGAUCGUCAACAGCUUGCCGCGCGCAAUCUGACCGUUGCCGACGUCGAGAAUGCACUGCGCGCAAGUAAUGUGGAACUCCCAGCAGGAGAAGUUGAAUCCGAAGAACGCCGUUUCACCGUGCGAGUGGAACGCGCCUUUGAAGAUGCUGACGACUUCAGACAGCUGGUACUGGGUGAGAGCAGCGAUGGCUAUCUGGUUCGCCUUGGUGAUGUCGCCCGGGUUGAACGAGGCACGGAACAGGAUCGUACGCUGUUCCGCGGUAACGGCAUUCCCCAGGUUGGGCUUGGCGUCGUGCGUCAGUCCAACGCGAAUCUGCUGGAUGUUGCUCGCGCCGCCAAACGCGAGAUGGCGUUGUUAGGACCAGGCCUGCCGGAAGGCAUGGCAUUCAAGCAAAGCUAUGACUCGUCUAUUUUUGUUGAAGGCGCCGUUAACGAAGUCUACAAAACCCUCGGAAUUGCCGUAUUCCUUGUGGUGCUAACCAUCUACCUGUUCCUGGGCAGCGUUCGCGCCAUGCUGGUACCUGCGCUGACCGUGCCUGUAUCCAUCAUCGCCACCUGUAUCGCCUUAUACACGCUGGAUUUUUCCAUCAACCUGCUGACGCUGCUGGCCCUGGUGCUGGCGAUCGGCCUGGUGGUCGAUGACGCCAUUGUCAUGCUGGAAAAUAUUCACCGCAGAAUAGAUCAGUUAGGCGAACCGCCGAUAGUGGCGGCUUAUCGUGGUGCCCGCCAGGUUGGCUUUGCGAUUGUUGCGACAACGGCUGUACUGCUUGCCGUAUUUGUCCCCAUCGCUUUUCUCGAAGGUGACAUCGGCCGGCUGUUUUCAGAAUUUGCGCUGACGAUGGCUGCCGCAGUGGUUUUCUCAUCGCUGGUCGCACUGACCCUGGCGCCGGCGCUGGCCUCCAAAGUGCUGCGAUCCAGCGAAAGCGAAAACUGGCUGACGCGACGUAUCGACCACAACUUCACCGUCGUCAACCGCAUCUAUCGACGCGCGCUAGGCUAUGUCUUAAAACACCCCGUGCUGCCGAUGGUUGUUCUCGCCGGGUUAAUCGCCAGUAGCGUGUGGUUGGUGAAAGUGCUGCCGGAAGAAUAUACCCCCGACGAAGACCGAGGCAGUUUCUUCACGUUUGUACGCGGCCCAGAAGGCGCUACAUUCGAGUAUAUGAAACCCUACGUUGAUGAGAUAGAACGUCGCCUCAUGCCUUAUGUCGAAACCGGUGAAGUGCGCCGUGUGCUGGUGCGCACACCUGGUGGAUUUGGUGCUAUUCCAACCUUCAACACCGGCGCUGUCAUCAUUGUCCUCAGUGACUUCGGCCAACGUCGUCCAGGCAAAGUGAUCAUGGACGAGGUUCGCGCCAAACUGAUGGACUUACCGGGCGUCUUUGCCUUCCCUGUCAUGCGCCAGGGAUUCCGUUCCAGCGCAGAUAAACCACUACAGUUUGUCAUAGGUGGCGGCGAGUACGAACAGCUGCGGGCAUGGCGGGACGUGCUGAUUGAAGAAAUCAACGCCAACAACCCGGGGCUGGUGGGUCUGGACUGGGACUACAAAGAAACCCAACCUCAGCUGCGUGUGCGCAUCGAUUACAACCGCUCAGCAGACCUCGGCGUGCCCAUUGUAGAUAUCGGCAGAACCCUGGAAACACUGCUUGGGUCGCGCAGGGUCACCACAUAUAUGCAAAAUGGCGAAGAGUACGAAGUCAUUCUUGAAGGCGAGCGCGACACGCAACAGACCCCCGCGGCGAUGGAAAAUAUCUACGUUCGCUCGACAACCACCAAUCAGCUCAUACCUCUGGCUAACCUUGUCACGAUUGAAGAAUAUGCGGAUUCGAACAGACUCAACCGAUACAACCGGGUACGCGCGAUUACCUUGGAGGCGAACCUUGCGCCUGGGCUUGCGUUAAACGAAGCCGUCGAAUAUCUGACCACUCUGGUGAGAGAGAAGCUACCCGAAGGGGUGGUGAUCGACUACAAAGGCCAGACGCGUGACCUGCAGGAAUCGGAGUCGUCCAUCGUAUUUGUCAUGCUGUUGGGUCUUGCUGUGGUUUUCCUUGCACUGGCGGCCCAGUUUGAAAGUUUCAGACACCCUCUGACCAUCAUGCUCACGGUGCCGAUUGCCAUUACCGGUGGCCUUCUGGGACUAUGGUUAACCGGCAUGACCAUCAACAUCUACAGCCAGAUUGGCCUGGUUAUGCUGAUUGGUCUGGCUGCAAAAAAUGGCAUUCUGAUUGUUGAGUUCGCCAAUCAGUUGCGCGAUGAAGGGGUCGAGUUUAUCGAAGCCCUGAUCAGCGCAUGUGAAGUGCGCCUGCGCCCCAUCGUGAUGACCACAAUUACAACCGCAGCGGGCACCCUGCCCCUGAUAUUCGGCAGCGGACCAGGCGCCGAAACCCGUGAAGUCAUUGGUAUUGUUGUAUUCAGCGGCGUAACCGUCGCAACGUUAUUCACGCUGUUUAUUGUGCCGGUCAUGUACAAACUCAUUUCAGGUGAAAGCGCAUCCCCACUGGCAACCAGCCGCGAACUGGAUACUGCACUGGAGGAAAACCCGGACACCGAUCAGUUGCUCGACACAAAUCGAGUUUAG